AAUAAUUUGGUCUACAAUGGCAUAGAAAAUUUUGCCUUUAGAUAGGAAUGCCCGCCUUUUUUUUGUUAAAAGGGUGGCAAACAAGCGUAUGGCCCGAGACUAGACGCUUAAAAUAUCACACGCACCAUUGCCUACUCUGACCCAUUCCCCACCCCGUAGAGCCCUAGGACCGUUCUCACCGACGAAAAGACUACACCACCUAAAGGUAGUGUUAUUUCACUGCGGUCUUCAGACGGGCGCUCCAAUUCGAGCGGAAAGGCCGCUUUGCCCUACCUGUCUUUUUCCGUCUUGCCGUCGGGCCGCCCGCGUGGCAAGUGAGCUUUCUGUGUCGUUCUUUCUACCACUGCGUUAAAAUUAAAACACGUCAGGCGGGCCGCUGGGGUUGCGUUCAGUAAUUGCACUCUGUGCGCGGCUGUCGCUAUUUGGGCGCGUGGAUAGCACUUGCGGCCUUAAUAUUUAUUUAAUAUAAUUUAUUAUCUAUCUUAUGAACUCUAAUUAUUUAUGUCUCAGUUUAUGUAUUAUUAUGUAAUUAUUUAUGUAUAUUGUCUAGCAAUCUCGUACAGGCCACGCCAGAAUACCAGCGCUGUUAUGGUGGGAAUAUUCCAUUCCUACUAUAACAGCAUUAAGCUGAGGCAGGGUCCUGAUUGGCCUUUUCACUCUCUCCAUAUUUUUGAACACUGUUGUUAUUUUAUUUUUGUUGUUUUGUUUAUUGUUUUUUUUUUCAUGUGUAAGGUCAAUAAAAGUUUUUUCUUUCUUUCUUUCUUUCACUGAAUCGCCGAUUCCUGUUGAUAAGGUCUAUAUAUUUUUUAAUUACAUUUAUAAUUAUUUAAUGCUUUCUUGUUGUGCAAAUGUUGUUCGAGAAAAAUAUUAUUAAAAAUAUUUACUUUAAAACAUAUAUUUUGUGUUUAUUUCCAGAUGAACUUAUUCACACAGCGAAUAUAUCAAAACCUAAACAUUGUUUUUUCUCUACGACUGCCCACAAGGUUCACUAUGAAACAUUGAAGAAACUUAAUAUAUUGCAGAAUGUAUUUGUUUUCGGAAAAACAACAGAAGAGGGGAUAUCAUUCGAUGACCUUUUUUCUGAAGAGGCUAAAAAAGAUGUAUUACCAGCUGAUCAUCAAGGUAAAGUUCAAACCUCAUUAAUACUCUAUUCUUCCGGCACAACUGGUUUACCAAAAGGAGCAAAAAUUACAAAUCAAAAUUUAAUCACGACACUAUUUCAGAAACAGAUAACUAGUAAUGAUUCAACUUUACUUACUGUUACACCAUGGUGUAACACUUACGGGAUUAUGACCAUGAAAGAUGGGUUGUCGUAUGGUCGUACAAUUAUAUUUUUGGAAAGGUUUGAAGAGACUAUGUAUUUGCAGGUGAUCCAGAAAUAUAAGGUUAAGGCUUUAGUGGUUGCUCCACCAACUUUAAUAGUUAUGUCCAAAUCAUCAGUGUUAGACAUGUACGAUGUGAGCUCUGUGGAGCUGAUGCACUCUGGCGGUGCGCCUUUAGACUCCGACGUCAUUACUUUAGUCAAAUCCAGAUUCAAAAAUUUACAUCAUGUAACCCAGGGUUACGGGAUGACAGAAGCUACUGGAAUCAUAUGUAGGGAUAUUGAUUUAUAUCCCAAGCAGGGUAGUGUGGGAAAGGUUUUAGAAGGAAUUACAGUUAAGGUAGUAGACGCGCAAACAAGAAAAAUUCUCGGACCUAAUCAUGCCGGCGAGGUUUGUGUCAAAGGACUGGCUUUAUUUGACGGGUAUAUUGGCAAGGAACGUGGUGAUGAUUUUGACGAAGAAGGCUUUUUCAAAACCGGUGAUGUGGCAUACUAUGACAAUGAAGGCUUCUUUUUUAUAGUCGACAGGAUCAAAGAGUUAAUCAAAUAUAAGGCAUGGCAGGUAUCACCCUCCGAAUUAGAAGCUGUUUUGCUGUUACACCCUUCGGUUAAAGAUGUUGGAGUUACAGGCAUACCGGACCCUACUGCAGGAGAACUUCCGGUUGCGUUUAUAGUUAAGAAACCUGGUGCCUUUGUAACAGAGAAAGAAAUCUUUGACUUCGUUGCAACAAAGGUUUCUCCAUGGAAAAGGCUAAGGGGUGGUGUAAUAUUUAUUGAGGAGAUACCAAAAACAGGUAGCGGAAAAAUAUUGCGGCGACAGCUACGAGCGAUGAUCCAAAAGAAGCCUAGCAGUAAAUUAUAAUUAACAUAGAUGAUAAAGUACAGAAAAUAAUUUAUAGCAUGAACGCUUUAUUUACUGAAUAAUAGAUUAUACGAACAAUCGACAAACACCGAACACGAACAAAACUUGCAAUAUGAUAUGUUUAAAUGUUGGAAUAAUCACGACUUAUUAUAAUGCACUUCACACAAAAGACGUGAUCGUUCUUUAAAAAAUUGGUUUUUAACAGCGGCAAUAAAAACGUAGAUAAGUAUAGGUCGAUCGCUUAACUGAGACCUCGCCUGUGGGGUACAGGGUGUGGGGGAGGAUGAUAACGAGGACCGUGAGAGGUGCGGGCGGCGAGCAUUUGUAAUCUAUAUAUAUAAAACUCAAAGGUGACUGACUGACAUAGUGAUCUAUCAACGCACAGCCCAAACCACUGGACAGAUCGGGCUGAAAUUUGGCAGGCAGGUAGAUGUUAUGACGUAGGCAUCCGCUAAGAAAGGAUUUUGAUCUAGCCCCAAGAGGAUAAAAUAGAGAAUGAAAGAUUGUAUGAAACUUUGUCAAUUUUAAACUGAUCGGGCUGAGACUUUGCAUGCAGGUAUAAGAAGAAUCAUAGAUGAAUGUCAUUGUGUAUAAAACAAGCCUAAGAACAAAAACUGUAGUCUACACUUCAGCUCUACACCGAAGCGAAGCGAGGGCGGGCCGCUAGUUUUGACAAUAAUUUGUCUGCCGCCCGCACCUCUCACGGUCCUCGCUUUCGCCCUCCCCCACACUCUUUACCCCGCAGGCGAGGACUAAGUUAAGCGGUCUACCUAUAUUUAAAUAUAUGUAUUUUACAUUCUUCUUUUACAUCUUAUGGCAUUAUGUCCGCCGUUUUUUUUGCUGUAAAGCAUACUUGUGAUUUGCGGACGGACAGUCCAGAAUGAUGAGAUAGGUGAUAAGAUUUCGUUAUCACCCUUAGGAUAUGGAACCCUGGAAAUAAUAAUUAAUAUGACCCAAGAGGAUCUUGACCUGCGAUAUUAAUAAAUAAGCUUUAGUGUUAAAAGUUACAAUAUGAUUAAUAAGUAUACUUAUUUAAUGAAAUAAAGCAGCUCUAAUUGAGGAACUUUAUUAUUUUAUUAUUAAAGUGAAACAAUGAUAAUGGUACAUCAUAAUCUUAGUUUCAAGGUCUAUAGCGAGUUAUACUCUACUGUACCUACGUUACCUUAUCACGAGUGCGUCUAUAAGCUAUGGCCAUCGCUUACCAUCAGGGGGCGAAUAGCGUCACUAGAUUGCUAUGGCUAUCGCUAUCGCUUAUAUUUGGUUUUAUUAUUUCUGGCCGCCUGAGAUUUUUAAAUGCCUCGCGCUCUUUUUUUUCUUUUGCGUUGGUAAUAACAAUAUUAAAGAAAAUGAGCGUGAGGUAUUUUAAAAAACCUUAGGCGGUCAGAAAUAACAAAAUGAAAUCGUAAGCGAUAGCGAUAGUCAUAGCAAUCACGUAAGGCGAUUAACCCCCAGGUGGGAUAUUUGUUUGUUUGCCACCUUUUUUUACAUAAAAGCACUAUUAAUCAUCAGCAUCACACAUCACAUUAUAGCAAUUCAUUAAAUUUAUAUAACUUGACGUAAUCAUUUUAUCAUUUUUUUGUGUAUACAAACAAAGCAUUUGUAGAUAAAGCCACUAUCUUGGUCAUAAUAAAUUGUUUACCUAUCGUCGUGAGUACUGACAAAGCAAAACUCAAUCCUAAUUUGCGUAAUAGUAAUCUAAAGAAAAUCUUACUAGAAAAAAUAUCCAUGCGAACCAGGCAGCAGACGGGACUCGAACCCGCACAAGUGUGUGGAUUCGAGUCCCGUCCCGAAUAGCGAAGGCGCUGUCCGAGCAAAUGCACUGACCAUUAUGCUACCGCGGCCCUGAUGACGUCUCGAUUUUUCUCUAGUAUUUGCUGCCUGGUUCACGUGGAAUAGUAGUUACGCGAUUCCAGUGCAGAUUGGUGGGCGCUAUAUAGUGACUGCAGAGUUAACAUGUAUUCCGAAGCUCGGAAGAAUUUCAUAUAAGUAAUGCAGAGAGGUAGCUGCUAAGUAGUGACCGCAGAUGCGGUCGAGACCAAGUAAUAAACAUGUCUUCCAAAGCUCGGAAGAAUUUGUUUUUGGUCUAAAUACUGAUGCAACGACCUUCUCAAUCAGUUAAAAAAAUCAGGUUUGCUAAACAAUUGAGGGGUCUUCUUUCAAUUACUUUAAUUUAAUUUUCAUCCCACUACCUCGGAAAGUGUAAUUUUGCGCUUCGAAAUCUGGCUGGAAAAUUCUAUUUUAUUCGCUUGAGCGGCAAAGUAGAUUUGAAUUUAGAACAUCACAUAUAAUGAGUACUCAAUAUAAUUGUAAAUUCAAAACGUCAUUAAACCUAUUUAAUGUAACCUCUAUGGUGCCAAAUUUAUGAUUAGAACUUUUUAAAUUGUGAAAAAAUUUAAAUUUGGAACCUUCUUGGUUUCUUUGUUUUAUUUGCGUGCUUCGCGCCAUUCUAGUUUUUCACGUUUUAUUGCUUAAUAUAAUUAACAUAACCUAAAAACUGUACAAAAAAAUCAACUAAAAUGAGUGACAUUAGCGACGAUGAAGUUUAUCUAACGCCAACUGAGUUAACUGAAACAGUUAAU